AUGGCUUCACAAGAACCUGUACCAAAUCCAGAGGCCAUUCGGCCUCCAGAUGAUAUACUUGUCCAAACGGACCAUGACUUAGGGGACGACGCUAACGUCGAAACAUAUGUGGAUCCAAAUGGAUCCCUCAUCUCUAAGCGCAUCCGCAAUAAGGAGAGGAGGGAGCGCCACCAUGACCAGGAAGGGCCAAGCAAAAUUGCUGGUCAGCCAAAGAAGCCCUCGGGGCGGCCGGUUGAUCCUUCCCAGGCAGCAGGAUCAACUCCCGUCACUCGGGAUGAGCUAAUGUCACUCCUGAGCAGCCUUAGAGGUGAAAUCAAGCAGCUCGCCUCAAAGAAGUCGCCUACUCCCAGAAAGGAGCAGUCAGCCAAGAAGCCAGCCCAAGCUGGCAAACAGAAGUCGGUCAGGGACCGUCAGCCGACUCCUCAUCCUGCUCCUAAGGAGAAGGCCAGGCCCCAAUUUGACCUUAAUCGGCUCCGUUUCCCAAAAACGGGCGCAAGAAAACCCAUCCUGCACAUACAGCCGGAUGGUAGCAAGAAAACGUUCUCUGACGCUCGGCAAUACAUUGAGGAGAGGAGAACCCAGCAAUCAGAGUCGGCUUCAACGUCGACUUAUCAUGACAGCUUUCGGAAUACCUCUGUGCGGUGUUCACAGUCUGUACAUGAGACCCCAGCAAGCAGCCAAAGGGUUCAGUCUGGGCUGCACGUGAUUCAGUCCGCCCAGUACAUGGCACAACCAUUGUACCAGGCGCCAGUUGUACCUUACAUGCAACCUACCCUCUAUGGAGGACAGGCGGUACACGGCUCAACCGAUGGACUGGCAAUUUAG